AUGCGCACUGGGUCUCCCCGGCCGCCUAUAACUGCGGGCGCGGCGCCCCCCGCGCAGAGCGGCGGAUCGGGCGCGGAGCCGGGCGGGGUGCACCGGGGGCAGAGCGGCGCGCUCGACCCGCUUGAUCCGCUCCGUCGGUCGGAGGAUCGUCCGUCCCUCGCCCAUGGGCGCGGAGGAGGGCGCGGGCCGGGCGGGCACGGCGCGGCGGCGGGGAACGAGAGCCGAUGGCUGCUGCUGGCGGCGCUGGGCUGGCUGCUGCCGGCGGGGGCCGCGGCCAGCGGCGAGUACUGCCACGGCUGGCUGGACGGGCAGGGCGGCUGGCGGGACGGCUUCCAGUGCCCCGAGCGCUUCGACGGCGGCGACGCCACCAUCUGCUGCGGCAGCUGCGCCCUCCGGUACUGCUGUUCCAGCGCCGAGGCGCGCCUCGACCAGGGCGCCUGCGACAACGACCGGCGGCAGGGCGGCGGCGAGCCGGGCCGCCCCGGCAAGGACGGCCCCGACGGCGCGGCAGUGCCCAUCUACGUGCCAUUCCUUAUCGUUGGAUCUGUAUUUGUCGCCUUCAUCAUCCUGGGGUCGCUGGUGGCAGCUUGUUGCUGCAGGUGCCUGCGGCCCAAGCAGGAGCCCCAGCAGAGUCGAGCCCCUGCGGGCACCCGGCUGAUGGAGACCAUCCCCAUGAUCCCAAGUGCCAGCACCUCCCGGGGCUCCUCCUCCCGCCAGUCGAGCAUGGCUGCCAGCUCCAGCUCCAGUGCCAACUCGGGAGCCAGAGCCCCGCCGACGAGGUCCCAGACCAACUGCUGCCUGCCAGAAGGGACCAUGAAUAAUGUCUACGUCAACAUGCCCACGAACUUCUCGGUGCUCAACUGCCAGCAGGCCACGCAGAUCGUGCCGCACCAGGGGCAGUACCUGCACCCGCAGUACGUGGGCUACGCUGUGCAGCACGACGCGAUGCCACUGAGCCCGGUGCCCCCGUUCCUGGACGGCCUGCAGAGCGGCUACAGGCAGAUGCAGUCGCCCUACCCGCACACCAACAGCGAACAGAAGAUGUACCCCGCUGUCACUGUGUAGUGCCGAUGCCUUCCCCUCCCCAUCCUCACCCAGCUGAUUUUGAUAUCUAAACUGAACGGAGGAGAAAGACUUCCUUGGAACAAAGCUCUCAGAACACCACUUGUAAAUAAUUUUGAAAGGCUCAUGCAUGUCAGACAGUGUUUAUAAACCAUUUAUUUUCAUCGGGGUCUGUUGCCAGGAACUGUAAGGAUGAUAUCUUGGAAUUAAUGUUGCCAGAUACACCCUCAUUCCAGUGCACGAUGUACAGUGGCAAAGGAUUAUGCUGGAAAUGCAUAUGUAUUUCAGAUCGCUGUACUCAUGAGAUAAACGUUGGAGCUGUUAAGUGCCCUUCAGGUAUGACAUGGUCACAAGUAUUUGCCUAAUUAAUUCGUAGAAAGAGUUUUGUUACACGGUACAAGACUGCGGUACUUCAGAAACCUCUCUGCUCUCAGCUCCGUAGUGACAUUUCCCAUUCCUUUACAGACAAUCACAACUGAGAGCUGAACAGUGCAAUCCCUGUGUGCCCGGUGCUGGUACCAGCCCCUGUGGCUUCUUACACACACCUGCUUUGGGGUGAAAUGCCACCAGAGGCUUGGUCUUGCAAAGACCAAUUUUCCUUGUAUUAUGUAAGAAUUAGAAGAGUGAAUUAUUCUGCUCUUCUUUCCAGUGCACUUGAAACCCUUCUUGAUUUGGUUUUGUCUCAAGAUCAGGACCCAGAACUGAUUUGCACAGACUUUGUCUUUGUGAAUGGUGCUUGCUCUUCGUGAUGCUCAGCAAAGCUUUUGGUACUGCUGGCAGUGUCUGAGCUGAAACUGCCUUAGCAGAGAAAGGUCAGACUGUGAUUCCAAAUAUGCCUGAUUUAACCUCACUAAUGAAACAGUAAACCUGUGUGAAUGGCCACAAAGGUGUCAGCCCCAAACACUGCUUGCAUUGGAGUUUGCCUGUGGGAAAGUGGACUUUAUCCUGUCCCGUGGAAGCUCAUUCCGAGUCCCCUGCCCUGCUCGGUGGGAGUGGGAGAGUGUUAUGCAGAACAUCCCAGCUGGGAUGUGAUGGGGUUGGUGGAGGUUUGAAAUCCACCCUCUUUUCUUGGGACAGGGGACUAGGAAGGCACAGCUGUAUUUGAAAAUAAGGAAAAAGGCCCAGCCAAAGGACAGAGGUGCUUGUGGAGCCACAGCAGAUGUGGAGGUGGUGAGAUGCGGUCAGGAGGGACACUUUACAUUGGAGCUGUUGGCUUUGUCCUGCUUUGCUUUAUUUGGGAGAAACACUGCUCCAGGUUGAAAAGGCAGCAGAUAAUCAGAUUGUUCUUAUUAUAUCAUCCAAAAUGUAGCAAACUAAGGCUGGUUUUAUCUCUUAAAAAAAUGCAGUCCAUUUGUUCCUCAGUCAAAACAGUGCAACAGAUACUUCUCUACAAACUCCAAGCAACUACUGUAACCAGACCAGUGGUGACAAAAGGUUUUUUAUUGUCUGAUCAAUAUGUAGCAAUAACUGUGACACUGUGUUUUGUGUGUCUGCUUUUAAAUGACUCACAAGGUGCAGACACAUUGCCAAAUCCAAUGGUUUACUCAUAAACGCACCACACACAGGCAGUCUGCAGUGGGCAGAAGUGGUUUGGCCACUGACACGGGGAAAUGAAUAGGUAACUUAUCCUGGAUCUGUUGUUCCUGGCUACAUGGCCAGACCAGCAGCUCCUCCUGUGGUCGUGACCGUGCCCAGCUGUGAACCAAGUGUGCUCUUCCUGUGCACGCACUGCCUGCCUUGCACACGCCCUGGCAAAGACACCUCCUCCGAUCUACAAAAUUCAGGUGAAUCUUUGUAUAUUGUUUACUUGUUAAAAAAAAAAAAAGAAAAAAAAGAAUAAGUUAAAUUUAAGUCUGUAGAAAUUAAUUUACAACUGAAGGCAGAGAAACCCAAGUUGUAAUAAAAGGAUUUUUGUGAGAUGUGUUGUUUUUUUAAUGUAAUGUACAAUAAUGUAAAACCAAUGUUACCAUUUGAUACAGCUUUUAAAUCUCUGAAAGAGCACUUGCUUUAAAGUGUUUCUUACAAGUGAAGGAAAAAAGCCCCCUUUGUUUCUUAAUAAAUACUUUAUGGUGUGACUUGGGUUUUGUUUGCUUUGUCAUAGGAGCUUUUUUUCCUUCAGUUAAUGCUUUGCUUUCCUUUGUGUCUACAAAAGCACAUCUGAUCGGCUCACUUCUCCAGGUUGGCAAAACCAAAAGUUUGGACUUUCUGCUGCGUUUUUGAACAAUAACAAUAAACAACUCAUGUAGCUGA